AAAUAAGGGUCCUCUUUGGUUGGAGGGGUUGGAAUUGGGAAAUCAAAUAAGGGGGAUAGGGAAGAAAGGUUGGGGGGGUGUUUUGUUUUGGUGUCUCCGUUCUCCAAAAUGCAAAUGCUCUCUUUCCAAUAACACGCACCCCCCUUCUUCUCCCUCUUUGACCCGAACAGGGCCACUGAGCGAGAGAUAGAAGAAGAAGAAGAAACAAGCAGCAUCACACACACAGGACACACAGAGACGCAGAGGGCGGGUCUUCUCCAUGGACUCCUCAGCUCCCGUCGAAGUCCGCCCACACAUCCCUGACAAGGAGUCAAUGGUCGACCCUUUCUUGGUUGAGGCUCUCCACAACCCUCGUCAUCGUCUCACCCUUUCGGAUUUAGUUUUACAGCGGAUGGUAAAUGGUUAUCUCAGAUCUGAUCUCAGGGGGUUCAAGUCCCGGAUAACAAGUUGGCAUUUUUCUGAAGGAAAAUUUGUUUUGCGAAUGGAACUUGAUAUCCAGAGAUUUCUGCACAAUCCUGAUCAGCAGCAGUUUGAGUUCCAACAUUUUCCAACAUCCUACCUUAGGCUUGCUGCUCAUCGUGUUGCUCAACACUAUGGUCUGCAAACUAUGGUACAGGAUACUGGGUUAGAUGGUCAAGGAAAUAGGAUUUUGGUGAGAAAAACAGCAGAAAGCAAGUACCCAGCCGUUCGUUUAUCUGAAAUACCAAUGAAACAAUUGGAAAACGAUAAACCUGAGAUGGUUAAAAUUGCCAUCAGACGUAGGCCUAAUAGAUCUUUAAGCGAAGCCAAUGAAGCUGGGACCAAACGAAAUCCUGUGAGAAGUGUAGAAGAGAGAAAAGAGGACUAUGAUAAGGCACGUGCACGUAUCUUUAGCAGCCCUAGCAUUUCUGACUCAGAUGAUAAAUUGUCUCAGGUCCCAAUGGAUGGGAGAACUUUAGGUUUGAUCAGUAAUGAUAAUGAAGGAUGCAGAAACUCUGUUGUUGAUGGAGAGAAAAAUACAAGUAUCAGAGAUGUUACUUCUUCAUCUCGAGUUGCCAUUUUCAGAGAUAGGGAAAAGGAUCGUACUGACCCAGAUUAUGAUAGGAGUUAUGAAAGGUAUGUUAGGAAUCUUCCAGGCAAUCAAAAUCUCAACUUGGCACCUUUCAAUGUGCAAAAGAUUCAACCUCCAUUUGUGCAGUAUGAUGCUGUUUUCUCUGGUCAGAUGCCAAGGACUCAGGCAUCACUCAGCUAUGGGCCUCCUUCAACCCCAGCUAUCAACCCUUUUUGUGCUAUGGGAUUGAAUCAGACAACCAGGGAUGCUUCAUACAUGCAAUGGUCGACUGCUGCGAUGGUGUAUGCACAUUCAUAUGACCAGUUUAGACAUGCUGGUUUUCAGGCUCCAUUCUGUCAGCAACCCCUAAGCUUUGAUUAUUCGCAGAACCAUUAGAUGACAUGUGGAUGGGAUUGUAUUACUAGAUAUACAUUCAGAAUUUCUUUAUAUAUAUUUAGGACUGCUUUUAAGUUAGGUGCAUUGUCUGAGACUUCUUGUUACCAACAGUUAAUAGAUUUGUCUUAUUUUCUCUUA